AUGGAUGAACUCGCACACCGAUACCAAGUUGCUGAGCACGAGAUCCUGCACAAAUUACUCAACCCCAGAAAAAACGGUCACCGCGAAAUGCAAGUAACCAGGAUAAUGAACGCUAUUCAACAGGAGGGCAUGGCUCUUAACACAUUCCUCUUAUCGGUGAACCAACCCCUCUGCACAUGGCCACCACACCACCCCUCCUUCUACAGCGGCCUGCUUGUAAAGACUCAAAACGUAUUGCACUUCCUUGAACAUCAGAACUUGAAUGUGUUCAACUUUCUAUUCUGCCUUCUUACCCCCAAACAUCAUACGCUGCGGCCUCAUCGAGAAGUUUGGCAGGGGAAUGGUGCACAUUCAUAUUUAGUAUGCCGCGUACUUGACAGUAUAAGGAAUUUUUUAAUCCACGCGGGGAAUGGCCACGUGUGGGAGGAUUACAUCCAGGCGCAGAUACGUGACUCCCAAUUAACAUAUUGCGUCAUGUUUGAUUUAGCAGGUGCAAUCCCUUGCAACCGAGUCUCCACAAGACAUUACGUAGGCACUGGUGAAACGGCACACCGUGUUGACCUAUUUUUACGGAUAAUAUUUGGAGUAAACAAGGGAGGAACAGGUUCAUACCAUGGUGUGCUUGGGUCAUUGCUACUUGCGCUCGGAUUUGAUCCCAAGGAAAAUUACUGUGCGCGCGAUGUGUCACUAGGCAUUGUCAUGGACAUCGACAGUGCUCUAUCACCUGCUGCUGCGGAGGAAGAGCGUGAGAUGGUCAUCGCCCAAAUCACCGACGCUAUUGUGGCCCAAGGGAUGACGCUCCAACAGUUUAUUAGAAUAGUCAAUCCUUCCGUCUGUACCGACUUUGUAGAACCUUGA